AUGGAAAUCAUGGAGAAGUUAAAAUUGGAGAUUUGGGUCAUGCAGCAGCCAACUGCUCGAAGUGUUAUUGUACUCCUGAAUUUAUGGCUCCAGAGCUCUAUGAAGAGGACUACAAUGAGCUUUGAGUGCAAAAAUCAAGCACAGAUAUAUAAAAAAGUCACUUCCGGUAUAAAGCCAGCUGCCCUUGGUAAAGUGGAAGACCCCCAAGUGAAGCAAUUUAUAGAGAGGUGUCUGGUCCCAGCAUCUCAGAGGUUAUCUGCAGCAGAGCUGUUGCAAGAUCCAUUCCUUUCAUCUGAAAGAGCUUAUGGUUGA